AUGACCACUCCGAACGAGGCACCACCCGCCUACUCACAGCAAGACCCGUCACACCUCGCCGUUCCCUCGGCAGUCGACCACUCGUCCGCCGCACCGACGCACCGCCGCUCGUCGUCUGCUGGCUCAGUCGCAAGCGCGAGCAGCAACUACACGUCCGAGGACGACAGGGACGACGGCGCCAUCCCGGACGAGGCGAGGCAGAGCAUCCUUGACGAGCAGAGACCGUUGCCAGAGGGUUGGAGGAGGGAAUUUGACGCCAACUCCGGCCACUACUUCUACGUCGACACGCUCGCCAAGCCACCGCGCAGUAUCUGGACCCACCCGCUUGACCCCGAGUACCUCCCUUCGCACCCGGAUGUCGCAAAGAAGUACGAUCCGCCCGCCGGUCCUCCUCCUGGCGUCUCUUCCUCCGCCUCUCCCAGCCACGGCUACAGCGACUCGAAGCACUCUCCUCUUCCCCACUCGUCCCCGAACCAAGCCUCGACCUCGCACACGCACGGGGACAAGAAAGACGACCGCACCCUCGGCCGCAAACUCAAAGACAAACUCACCGGUACAACUCACGACCAACGAGUUGCCCAACGCCAACGUCAACGUGAGGCCGAGCAGAAACAAUACGAGGCUUACCUCGCGCGCCGUAAGGAGAUCCUGAGGGCUCAGGCGGAAGGACGGUAUACACCGAUGUAUGCGGCGCCGGCGGGUCCGUAUGCGAGGCCUAUGUAUGGUGGGUAUGGGGGGUAUGGAGGGUAUGGAGGGGGGUAUGGAAGGUAUGGAGGGAGUAUGGGCAUGGGGUAUGGAGGGAUGGGGACGGGGAUGGCGCUCGGAGGAGGGUUGCUCGGCGGAAUGCUCCUCGGCGACAUGCUCUUCUAA